UUAUAAACAAACGGUUCAGGGUAGAGAGUGUGUCCAGCACACCAGCAACAGCAGCAGCAGCAGCCAGUUCGGAGCUUUGGAGCUUGAGUUUGGAGCGCACCCAGUGAAGAACGCGAACGCGUGACAGUGUGUGAUCCCGGCUCACGGCGACCAACACGUCCGCUGACCAACUCAACGGCCACCUGGACAGGGUGCUCAGCAGCAACACCAGAGGAACAACACGCAACCUCCCGCACCGGCGCACAUUCUGCGAAACAAUCAACCAAAAAUGAAGUCUCUGCUACUACUGUCGACGGUAGUGACGAUCAUCGUUGCCCAGAGAGACUACACAACGCCGGUGCCGAUACUGAAGCAGAUCAACCGGCACAACGAGGACGGUAGCUACAGCUACGGCUACGAGGCGGCGGACGGUACGUUCAAGAUCGAAACCAAAUACCCGAACGGCGAGGUGCAGGGCAAGUACGGGUACGUCGACGAUGGUGGCAAGCUGCGCGAAAUCGAGUACGGUGCGAGCAACCGUGGGUUCGAGCCGCAGGGUACGGACAUUAAUGUUCCACCACCGACGCUCGGCAAUAGCCACUACCCACCGCUCGGUCCGAACGAGGAAGACGACGGCCAGUACCGGGAGGACCCGAGCGUCUACUACAAGGACUCGCGCUACAACUCGAAACCGGCCCCGUACAACCCACGGCCCGCGCCAGUUGCCUACAAUCCCGCCCCGCAGCAGUACUUCCGCAGUAACGCGGCCCCGCAGCAGCCGGCGGAGCAGCAGCAGCCCGCCUACCAGCAGCCUGCCCUUCAGCACCGCUUCCAGGCGCCGCAACCCAACUACAACUACAACCAGGCACCGCAGCAGCAGCAGCACCGGGCAGACUAUUGGCAUCCGAAUGCCAAGGUCGAUAUCAACACUGGUUCGUACUCGCUCAGCUACACCGGAAGAUAGAGGGCCGGAAGCCAUACCGUGGCCGGGUCCGGGUGACACCGCCGCCCAGCCUCUGACGACAAGCACCUUCCGGCUACCCACGUCCUAAGUCAGUUCUUUGUAGUGUAACCUCUAAGUACACGCCCCAGGACACCAACACACAGCAACUCUCCUUCAACCCGCCGAGCGUCUCGAGAGUCUGUUCGUCCAGACGGCGCAGGGUGCCCACCACGUACCCGUACAGCGUGCCCGUACUGAUGGCCAUACAUACUUUGGUGCGGAUAUCGAUCUAAGGUCUCUCUGUAAUGCUCCCUCCCUACACGCCAAAGCCGGUUCAAUAAAGUACAGUACAUGGAGAGAGCCUCUAAUGUCCACAA